CUGUCUGUGCGCUCUGACUGAUGCGUCACACGGAUAGGUGCGGUUUGCACAGCGCAACUCUCCAGACAGUCCGUGUUCGCUGAAGUGAUGAGCUGAAAAGCUGAAAACAUUUCUGAAGCAGGCAGAUUUAGACGAUUUAACUUUUUUCUCCAUAAUUUUAAGGGGCUUUUCCCUCGACUGAUGGUCUUCAUAUCUCUGAAAGCUGUAGAAACCCCAAGGACGGAUCACUUGACCACCACUACCAGCUCCGAUGCGGCUGAAAAGCAUUCGACCUAACACCGCAGGGCAGUGACCAGGAGCGCGUUACACAAAUCUCAAUAUGCGCGUAAUUGGAGCGCACUGGCGAGGCGUCCCUUGCUCCCCUGUCCGGAAAACAUUACUGUCGUGAUGUUCAAUACUUCGGGAAUUGGGCCCACUUUUACCAAGAAAGAGGAUAUUUCCGAAGUUAUCAAUGGCACUCUGCUUCUGGUCAGCAACGUGCCUGUCACCACUAUCAGCAACCCCACAGCCAUGUGGAACGAGUCGUGCGGGGAGCAGCUGCUGGAUUUCGGGCGCCCGGAGAAGAUCAUUAUUGGGGUCAUGCUGGCGAUAAUCACGGCGGUGACCGUGAUGGGAAACACGCUGGUGGUGAUUGCGGUGUGCGUGGUGAAGAAACUUCGGCAACCGUCAAAUUACCUUCUAGUGUCCCUUGCGGUGGCGGACCUCUCAGUGGCCCUAGUUGUGAUGCCGUUCGUCAUUGUGACAGACCUCACCGGCGGCAAGUGGCUGUUUGGGGACUUGUUCUGCAACAUCUUUAUCGGCAUGGAUGUAAUGUGCUGCACUGCCUCUAUCAUGACCCUGUGUGUGAUCAGCGUGGAUAGAUAUCUUGGCAUCACACGGCCUCUUACCUACCCAGCACGGCAGAAUGGUCAGCUGAUGGCUAAAAUGAUCCUGGGAGUGUGGCUGGUGUCAGCAUCUAUUACCCUUCCACCUUUCUGUGGCUGGGCCAAAAAUGUCCACACAGCCGGUGUGUGCCUCAUUAGCCAAGACUUUGGUUACACCAUCUACUCUACAGCAGUAGCCUUUUACAUCCCUAUGCUGGUAAUGCUUUUCAUGUACUACAAGAUUUUCAGGGCAGCUCGCAAGAGCGGCGCCAAGCACCGCUUCACAGACUUGUCACGGCGUGAGCGCCUUGAGACAGUUGCCAACGAGGCACUGCGCAUGCAGGGCCUGAAGCCGCCUGGCGUGGCAGAGGAAUGUGCCGCCUUGUCUCGCCUGCUGAACCGCGAGCGUAAAAACAUCUCCAUUUUCAAACGGGAGCAGAAAGCAGCCACUACACUCGGGGUGAUUGUGGGCGUUUUUGCUGUGUGCUGGCUGCCAUUCUUUAUCCUGACCACUGCCAGACCAUUUAUCUGUGGGGUGGAGUGCAGCUGUGUGCCUAUCUGGCUGGAACGCACUCUGCUCUGGUUGGGCUACGCCAACUCACUGAUGAACCCCUUUAUCUAUGCCUUCUUCAACCGAGACCUGCGCUCCACCUACCGUGACCUUCUCCGCUGCCGCUAUCGAAACAUCAACCGCCGGCUUUCUGCUGUGGGGGUACAUGAGGCUCUAAAGGUAUAAACCUGGAUGGUUAACCAGCAUACAUUGUAGUGUAUGGAGGUCUGGUUGUUAACAUGCACUUGUUACCUAAAGAGCACAGCGCACACAGCAGACCUGUAGAUAGGACAGACUGACAGAAAGAAAAGUCACUGUUGGUUGCUCUUAAGCCCUUUUGAGAAGCCAUGGAAACAACAGGAUUACUUCAGUUUGCAGAUGACUCAGUCAUUCUAUUUUAGGAAAAAACAACAACAUAGAGCAUCCUUGAUGGGCCACUUGAAGCUGAAGCUGCUUUUGUGCAUAUGCCACAAUUACACCCUGGCUCCUGAUUUAUGGUGUGAUAUUCCAGUAACAAAAAGAAAUGACAUUUAAACAAAAACAAUUACCCUAGGGCUUUUGGCUAGAACAAAAAUCUAUCACAUUUCUGUACAUAAAUUAAAGUAAUGUUUUAGAGGGAAGAGUACAGGUAUUUGUUAUGUGGCACAGUGUCUUUAAGUCGUCUUUCUUUGAGUUGUCUUUCUACUUGAGCACAGUUUAGAAGUGAACAUCUUUAGCAAAGGUUACAAUAAAUAUUUUUUUAUCCCCCUUUAUUUUCUGUAGAAGCCUUUACAUUGCUCAUGUAAUUCCCUCAGAAACCCAUAAAGGUUGCUGAAAUUGGGGAGAACAGAUAGGACUGGUGUUAUAAAGUGCACCAUGAAGGAAAUCUUUUCCAUUCUUGUAAUGGCAGUGUUCAUUAUUAGAAAAGAAACAAGUGUUCUGUUGAGUGUCUGCAUGAAAAAUUUAUCUCAUAUGUCACUGUGCCCAUCAACCAAAACAUACGUUUAUGGGAAGAGAGCAGGUGUGAAGAAGUGUUUUCAUAGUUUAGCCAAACAUUGCACUGCACGCUUGAACUGAACAUGAACUCAUUCAUUAAAGUAUGUGUCAAGAACCUUAAUAUUGUGGGUUUUUCCUACUCUUGUCAGCUUGCCUGGAUCGGUCCCAUUCUAAAGAAGCUCUUGACCUUUCCACUUGAACAAUUGGUCUGUUCCUGAGAUUUUUUUUUCACUAGUUGUCAACAAUGUUUCCAUUCACGUUUUGAAAUCAGGAUGCGGUCACUUCCCUCCUGGCUGCACUCGCAUUUUAAACUCUGCUGUGACCUGUAGAAACCCUUAUCAAAUGUCAUCACUGAACAGUGUGUGCUUUCUCUACCUCAAUUCUUUACAAAUACUGUACAUUGAUUUUUUUCCAAACAUAUGUACUGCUGUAUUAUUUUUUUGACUGACCGGUAUUUUGUAUUAUGUAAAUUUAUCUGUCUAUAACUGUGGAUGAGUGCUCAGUGUGACCGCUUUGUCAUUACUUUUAGAAAACAUCGUAGAAAGCGGCAGUGUAUUUCAUCACUUUGUAAAUAAACAAGCACUUCAAAUUUCAUUGUGUCUUAAUUAGUAACACCACAUCAGUGUUGCGAGAAGAUAUUUGCCCCCUUACAGAUAUCCUCUGUUUUUGCUUUCUUUUGCCCCACUUGCUUGUUUCAGAUCAUACAAAUUUUACUGUCAGGCAAAGAUAAACCCAAUAAAUAUAAACUGCAAUAUUCAGUUUAUAUUUCCAUUUAAUAAGGAAAAAACUAUCCAAACCGAUCUGGACCUAAGUAAAAAAUAGCCCCUCUCAUUAUUUAACUGUGAUUAACCAAUUUCUUGGCAAGCUGACUCUUAGUUCAAGAGUCACAAACAUGCCUGAUAACAGUCAGACCUGUCAAAUCAAGAAAUCACAUAAAAAAACCUGUCAGACAACAUGAAGUAGGCCUAAAGAUUUCAAUAAGCAGCACAUCAUGCCCUUAUCUAGAGAAAGCAAAGAGAAGAUGGGCAUCAAUCUAGAAAGUGUCAUAAUCUAGAAGUAGAAAAAACAUGGUGAACCUUACCUGUAAUGGAGUUUUGACAAAAAUUCAGACUGAAAGACUCACCCUCACCACCUGCUCCAUCCAAUGACUCCUCCAUGCGUCUCCCCUCCAUCCAAUCAGCGUCAAGUCCGCAUGCCUCUUCAGCCAAUCACCCUCUGACACUUUGCUUUUAAGGACGCCAGUCAUGGAUCCCUCUUGCUCUUCAGCUGAGCUCCACCCUCCUCCACCCCACCUCCACCAUCUUCCUUU